ACUUCCUCAAAGGAAAAAGGGACAUAGUACAGAAGAAAGGGUGCAGUCAGGACAGUCAUCUCAAGCAGUCAUGGGUAACUGGGCAGUGAAUGAAGGGCUCUCCAUCUUUGUCAUUUUGGUGUGGCUGGGAUUAAAUGCCUUCCUCUUUGUCUGGUACUACCGAGUCUAUGAUCUUCCAGACAAGUAUUUUUAUACACGCAAGCUUCUUGGGCCUGCUCUGGCCCUAGCAAGAGCACCUGCUGCUUGCCUGAAUUUCAACUGUAUGCUGAUCCUGUUGCCUGUCUGCAGAAACCUGCUUUCCUUCCUCAGAGGUUCUAGCGCGUGUUGUUCAACACGCAUACGGAGACAACUGGACCGGAACCUCACCUUUCAUAAAAUGGUGGCAUGGAUGAUUGCCCUUCACACUGCAAUUCAUACCAUUGCUCAUCUCUUUAAUGUGGAGUGGUUGGUGAAUGCCAAGUCCAAACUUCAUUCUGAUAAUUAUUCAAUUGCUCUCUCUGUUUUCGAAGAUAAUCCAAGCAGUGGCCAAACUUAUAUUAAUUUUGUUGAAAAGUCAUACAAGAACCCUGAAGGUGCCCUAUAUGUGGCUUUCACUUACUUAGCUGGCCUCACUGGCGUAAUUAUUACAUUAUGUCUCAUAUUGAUCAUAACCUCCUCUACCAAAACAAUCCGGAGGUCUUACUUUGAAGUUUUUUGGUUCACUCAUCACCUCUUUGUCAUCUUCUUCAUUGGUCUCGCCAUCCAUGGAGCUGGGAGGAUUGUACGUGGGCAGACAAAUGAAAGUUUGGCGGAGCACAAUGUAACCAUUUGUCAUAAAAACAUCUCCUCUUGGGGAACUACAAAAGAGUGCCCGAUUCCUCAGUUUGCUGGGAACCCUCCUAUGACUUGGAAAUGGAUUGUGGCUCCCAUGUUCCUGUAUCUUUGUGAGAGGUUGGUGCGGUUUUGGAGAUCACAGCAGAAAGUUGUCAUCACUAAGGUGGUCACUCACCCGUUCAAAACUAUUGAACUACAAAUGAAAAAGAAGGGUUUUAAGAUGGAGGUGGGGCAAUAUAUUUUUGUCAAAUGCCCCAAGUUGUCAAAUUUAGAGUGGCAUCCCUUCACACUGACCUCAGCCCCUGAGGAAGACUUCUUCAGUAUUCAUAUCCGUAUAGUGGGUGACUGGACAGAAGGUCUUUUUAAUGCUUGUGGAUGUGACAAGACAGAAUUCCAGGAAGCUUGGAAAUUGCCCAAGAUUGCAGUAGAUGGGCCCUUUGGCACUGCCAGUGAAGAUGUAUUCAGUUAUGAAGUAGUGAUGUUAGUGGGAGCUGGCAUUGGAGUCACACCAUUUGCAUCCAUUCUCAAGUCUGUGUGGUACAAGUAUUGUAGUGAUUCAACUAAACUAAAACUCAAAAAGAUCUAUUUUUACUGGUUAUGUCGAGAUACACAAGCCUUUGAAUGGUUUGCUGACCUCCUACAGUUACUAGAGACCCAAAUGCAAGAGAAGAACAAUGCCGAUUUUCUCAGCUACAACAUUUACCUUACUGGUUGGGAUGAAACUCAGGCUACUCAUUUUACUGUGCACCAUGAUGAAGAGAAGGACGUGAUAACAGGCCUGAAACAAAAAACCUUGUAUGGAAGGCCCAACUGGGAAAAUGAGUUCAAAACCAUUGCCAGUCAGCAUCCAAAUACCAGGAUUGGUGUAUUCCUCUGUGGACCUGAAGCACUGGCUGAUACUCUCAACAAGCAAAGCAUUGCCAACUCUGAUGCUGGCCCUCGAGGGGUGCAUUUCAUUUUCAAUAAGGAAAACUUCUAACUUCUGCUCUAUCAGAAAAUAUUGGACAUGAGUCUUGUGCCCAAACAAAUGCUGAUCAUUAAUAGAAACAAACCUCAAAGAAACCAUCACAUCUUUAAUUUUCUGUUGACAUAGGGAUUAUUUCUGAAUUAUUGUGUACCUUUAAACAAGACAGGAGAAACAAUUCAUUCAUUUUCCUUUUGUUUAUGGUGAAUUAUCUCUGCUGCUCCAAUGCAUGCAGGGGAAAACUGUCCAAGUGUUUGGAUGGCUUACCCAGAUGUUGUCUCAGCUCUUCAAUGUGUACAAGGGGUUAGCUGUUAAGCCUGCUCCAAACUGCUAAUAAAACAGUUUGACUCUAUUAACCAGAAAUAUUUCCAAGAAAAAAAUUAGUUUGGACACAUAAGAAUUAGGAAGAGACAUUUAGAUAGGAGGUUCUUCAAAAAUGUUUCCACAACAUUCCCUAAAAGACACUUGCCUCAGACAUUCACCAGCUAUGUGCCUCGGGGCAAGUCACUUUAACUCUUGUCUGCCUCAGUUUCCCCAACUGUAAAAUGGUAUUCAAAUCUUGUCUCAGACACUGGUUUUAUGACCCUGAAUGUUUUUCAGUCUCAGUUUCCUCAUCUUCAUAAUGGAUAUAAUAAUAACUCAGAUCUUUGCAGGAUUGUUGUGAGGAACAAAUGAGAGAACAUAUAUAGUGUUAUACAAAUUCUACCUAAUUAGUAUUAUUAU